CUGUGGGAGCUUUGUUUGUUUGCUGUUUGCAAUGAAUCUUGUUGCUGAUCAGUUUUGGGGUCCACACUGCCUUUCUGAGCUGUAACACUCACCACGAAGGUCUGCAGCUUCACUCCUGAAGCCAGUGAGACCACGAAACCACCGCGAGGAACGGAGAACUCCAGACAGGCCCCGUUAAGAGCUGUUAACACCCACCGCGAAGGUCUGCAGCUUCACUCCUGAGCCAGUGAGAUCACGAACCCACCAGAAGGAAGAAACUCCGAACACAUCCGAACGUCAGAAGGAACAAACUGGACACGCCGCCUUUAAGAACUGUAACACUCACCGCGAGGGUCCGCGGAAUCGUUCUUGAAGUCAGUGAGACCAAGAUCCCACCGAUUCCGCUAGGAGUAGAGAUUGACAUCACCUUCUUUUAAUCAGUCUCAAAUACCUGGCCUCUUGGGGAACCUGCAAGAGCCAGGUUUGACGAAUGCAAUGGUAAUUGUCUAAUCACUGCCUCGAAAAAGAGCAGAGCAUUUGAGUAUGCUUUCUCCUUCUCUCCCUCACUUCGGUUGGGCCCAACAUGACAAUCCUAAUGAAAGCUCGGGGGUCAAGGGCUGGUGGCUUACUUCCUAUAUAUUGCAGCAUUUCAGUACUGCUCUACACGUGUGCUUCCCCCACCUGAUGAGCUUACUCCAGUGCCCACAGAUACGACAGAGUUCCCAAGUGCCCCUCACACUCGAUUAGCUGCAUCCUUUACCUCUUUUUGCCACACCGUAAGCAUUGGGUUUUGUUUGUUUGUUUUGAGACGGAGUCUCGCUCUGUUGCCAGGCUGGAGUGCAAUGGCGUGAUCUCGGCUCACUGCAAUAUCUGCCUCCUGGGUUCAAGCGAUUCCCCUGCCUCAGCUUCCUGAUUAGCUGCGACUAGAGGCGCACGCCACCACGCCCAGCUAAUUUUUUGUAUUUUAGUAGAGACAGGGUUUCACCAUGUUGGCCAGAAUGGUCUCGAUCUCCUGACCUCGUGAUCCGCUCGCCUCGGCCUCCCAAAGUGCUGGGAUUACAGGCAUGAGCCACGGCGCCCGGCCAGCAUUGGGGUAUUUUAUUGAAGAUGGAGGCCAUGAAUGUUGAGAAAGCCUCAGCAGAUGAGAACUUGCCAGAGGUGAUCUCUGCCAUCAAGGAGACUCUGAAGAUAGUGUCCAAGACACCAGUCAACAUCACUAUGGCAGGGGACUCUGACAAUGGGAUGUCCACCUUCAUCAGUGCCCUUCGAAACACAGGACAUGAGGGUAAGGCCUCACUUCCUACUGGGCUGGUAAAAGCUACCCAAAGAUGUGCCUCCUAUUUCUCUUCCCACUUUUCAAAUGUGGUGUUGUGGGACCUGCCUGACACAGGGUCUGCCACCAAAACCUUGGAGAAUUACCUGAUGGAAAUGCAGUUCAACCAGUAUGCCUUCAUCAUGGUUGCAUCUGCACAAUUCAGUAUGAAUCACGUGAUGCUUGCCAAAACCACUGAGGACAUGGGAAAGAAGUUCUACGUUGUCUGGACCAAGCUGGACAUGGACCUCAGCACAGGUGCCCUCCCAGAAGUGCAGCUACUGCAGAUCAGAGAAAAUGUCCUGGAAAAUCUCCAGAAGAAGCGGGUAUGUGAACACUAA